UUUUUCAUUCUAUCUGUCUAUGGGCCGCCAAAAUGUCGCUUUCUGUUUUGGUAUCAUCUCACAAUAAAAGAAAUUGAUUUCAGUAAAUUACUCAAUAAUUUAGUGAAUAUAAGCAAAGUGAUUAAAUGCCCUCAUUUAUAAAUAUUUAAAGUAAAUCUGGUGCAUCAAUCAGCCAUGAAUACUACGGCUCCAACAUCGGCGGAUGCCUGCCUGAGCAUCGUGCACUCGCUGAUGUGUCAUAGACAGGGUGGAGAGAGUGAGGGGUUCUCCAAGCGAGCUAUAGAGUCCCUUGUCAAGAAACUGAAGGAGAAACGAGAUGAACUAGACUCCUUGAUCACAGCUAUAACAACUAAUGGCGCACAUCCUAGUAAAUGUGUAACUAUACAGAGGACCCUUGAUGGGAGGUUACAGGUUGCCGGUCGGAAAGGAUUUCCACACGUUAUCUAUGCUCGUAUAUGGCGGUGGCCAGACCUACAUAAAAAUGAAUUAAAACAUGUAAAGUUCUGUCAAUUUGCCUUCGACUUAAAAUGUGACUCAGUGUGUGUAAACCCCUACCACUAUGAGAGGGUUGUUUCCCCAGGAAUAGAUUUAUCAGGCCUCACACUUCAGUCGGGUCCCAGCAGAUUAGUAAAGGACGAGUACACAGCUGGUCUCAGUGGAAACGGAAUGGACAUGGAUACUGGUGAGAUGGUGACCAUUCAGCAUCAUGCUACUAGUCCUAGGCACCAUCAUACGCCGAUGCCACAUCACCAUCAGCAGUUCCAGACUACAAAUAUUAUAAUUAACCAGGGACAAACGCCUGAAGGCGUUCCGAACAUGUUUUCGCCGACGCACGCGCCGCGCACCCCGCUGCGGGCGCCGGCGCCCCACGCGCCCCUGGCGUCUCCGAUGGGCCACGCCGCGCCCGCGCCGCAGAUGUGUGCGCACCCGGGGCCCAUGCAGGGCCCCCAGAUGGUGCCUGCCCAGUCACCCCUAGGAGGAGGGAUGGGACAAGGACAGAUGUCUUCCCCGCGGUUAGCUGCAGCGCCCACGAUGUCGCCGGCCACCCCGCAAAUGCCCUCCAUGAACAGGCCCAUGUCGCUCCCGAGUCCGCAGCAGAUGGCGAUGGCCCAGCAGCGCGCGGUGGCCCCCAAACUCGAGCCCCCCGAUACGAUGGACGCCCGCGCAAUGUGGCUGCCUAAACGAAUGAAUCAUUCUGCAAUGCCAGUGACUAUGUCGCCGGGAGCCACCACACCUCUCAUAGAUGGCUCGAAUUCAACGUUCUUCACGUCAGAGACAACUUCUAAUGAUUCUUCUCAGCUUACUCAAACUUUGUCUAGCCCGAGCGUACGGCGCGUAGCGUUCCGCGCGCGCCUCAAAGAGCCAAUAGACCACCACAGACGGGGCCCUAAAGGGCUGAUGUUCAGCCGGGGUUGCGGGGUAAGCGCAAUAAGGUACCGCGACCUCGGCACAGAGCAGGAGAAGGAACAGGGGGAUUCUCAUGCAGCGGGCACGGUAUCGCCUGGUUCUGGGGAGGGCUCUCAGCAGAACGGGUUCGCAACAGACGGUAGCCCCGCGCCCCAACCCAGCCCCCUACCGCAUCGCACGCAGCAUCAACAACAACAAGUGGAAAUAACGUGGGAAAUGUCUUCUUCAGGCACGUGGACUGGUAACAACACACUAACGUACACACAGAGCUUGGCUCCUCCGCCCGCCGCGCCACCCGUACCCCUUGACGCUCCUCCUCAUCAUCAUUAUUACAAUGGUAACCCAGGCGGUCUUCUCUCAAGUCAACCAGCUCCUGAAUAUUGGUGCUCAGUCGCCUACUUCGAGUUAGACACGCAGGUCGGAGAGACCUUCAAAGUACCAUCCAGUAGACCCAACGUUACCGUUGACGGCUACGUUGAUCCUUCAGGCGGUAACAGAUUCUGUUUGGGCGCUCUCAGUAAUGUUCACAGAACGGAACAGAGUGAACGAGCGAGGCUUCACAUCGGUAAAGGCGUUCAACUAGACCUCCGUGGCGAAGGCGAUGUAUGGCUGCGUUGCCUGUCAGAUCACUCAGUGUUCGUGCAGUCGUACUACCUCGACCGGGAGGCCGGCAGAGCGCCCGGAGACGCCGUGCAUAAAAUAUACCCAUCUGCUUGUAUUAAGGUAUUCGACCUCCGGCAAUGUCAUAGACAGAUGCAGUCUCAAGCGGCCACGGCGCAAGCGGCCGCCGCGGCGCAGGCUGCCGCCGUCGCCGGACAUAUACAACCGCAACAUCCCACCAUGAACAAGUGUCUAUCUGCAGCGGCCGGCAUCGGGGUCGAUGACCUGCGGCGACUGUGCAUCGUGAGGCUUUCCUUCGUCAAGGGCUGGGGACCUGACUACCCCCGCACUUCUAUUAAGGAGACGCCGUGCUGGGUCGAGGUGCAUUUGCAUAGAGCACUUCAGCUUCUGGACGAGGUCCUGCACACAAUGCCAAUCGACGGUCCUCGGAGCACCAUCGAGUAGGAGUUGAUCGGCUUCUUUUGAGGCCUUCGAGCGACCAUAGUCGCCACGCGACCCCACGAUAGUGCGAGACGGACGACAGUGUCGCCUAGUGCAGUGAAUGACAGAGAGUGACCAGUGACAGUGAACCGCGUGACGUACUACUGACCAUUAUGGCCCAGUAGUACCUCACACUCUUCAUGAAGAGUUGAUGCCAUAUGAAUAGCAUUUAUUUAAGUCAUUAUUUACAAAAUUGUGAUCACAAAAUUUACGUAUUUUGCCUAUGUCUUCCAAAUUUUAUAUUUUCGUUUACCGGCACUAAAUUUUGUUUAUUUCAUUUGGUUUUGGUGAUGAAUUUGUUGGUUUAAGAGAAAAAUGUUUGCACCAGUCGUGGAUGUGCAUCGCUCGUGUAACAAAAGGUGAACUAGUUUAUGUCUUGUAUCUAUUUAUACUUUGUAAGUAGUUGCAGUAUAUAAGUUAAUGUAAUAGAUAUGUAUAACAGUAUUGAGAUGGAACAAACUAAAGAACAUAUAAGGGAUCUCAGUAAAAUAUUUUUCACAAAUCCUAAAUGAAGAUAUAAAUAAAUAAUUUAAGAUAUUAUGUAAUUAUAAUAAACAAAAUACGGAUAGAACGACGUAUACAAACAUUGUCAUUGCUCAAACAGUAAGAGAUGAGUUUGUGAUUAUAUUUGUAUAAACAAACGAAUUUUAGUAACAGCUAUACCAAAUUAUGGCAUUUUUAUAUUAAAGUGUAGUGUAGAGGAUAUAUGACAAGACAUAAAUGUGGUUCAACUUGAAAGAAGCCAAAUGGGAAUAGCUUUCUAUAGAGAUAAGCUAUAGCAUUGUUAUAAGGUAGAUUAUAGAGUAAUUUAUGAUAUCUGUAAGUGUAAGGAGAGAGGGACGAGGCGUGUGGAGGGAAAGGCUGUAUUUUUGUUAGCGUGAAGUGUGCCUCAUUAGAGGAAUUGCAUGGACCACUAUAGCCGUACGAAUACACGCUCACAGUUUUCAGUAAGCGGGUAUGCAGUACGGCUGCCGUUUCGUUAUUUAUUUAGUUGUAAAGCACAGACGCCCAUGCAAUUUCGCUAAGUCAAUAGAUGAUCUGUGAUGUGCUAACAAAACGUGUAUAGUAUGCGUGCGCGCACUCGAAGUCGGCUAAGGUGACGUUAGAUUUUCACAAUGUAAAGUGUGACUUUAUUAUUUUUCGGUAAACCUAGGUGUAAGUUAAAAAUAAAAUGACAUAUUUUGUGUAUGAGAAACAAAUGGUUAUAAAUAUUAAGGUUAGUUGUGGUGUUUUAAAGAAGUAUAUGAGAUUUUUGUCGUUUGCUUAAGAUUUGCUUUAAUUAUUAUUACUUGGCAGAUUAAUGAUUAUCUUGUGUUGAAUGAUUUUAUACAGCUGUUAGUGUUUUCGAUUUUUUUAAUCGUAAUUAUUUUGUUAAGGCGGAAGCGAUCGAACUUGUCGAUGAUAAACUAAUAUAGUGUUUAUUUUAACUCUUACAAAAGAGGAUUAUGCUUGCAGGUUUUACAUAAAAUAAUCAUUUUAUAAUUAAUCAUGUUCGAUCUACGUUGUAACAAGUGAUCAUCACAAAAUAUAUUAUUUUUGUUAUUGCUUAAUCGGUUUAUUUUAUGCGUCGGAAUUUUACAAUUAUUAAUAUUGUUACCAAUGUCUUUGUAAAGAUUCGGAUUAUGCAAGUUUUGUAAAUAGUACAAUUUAUUGAGAAUAUUUUUAAUAUAAAGCGAGAUGUUGUCGCUAACCUUACAAAGAAAGAAAUCGCGAGAGUAGAAAAAAGUAUGUUCAAUAAAAAAAAAACUUAGUAGGCUUCUUCACAAAUUCGUGUAUCAAAAAUACCUCUUUAUAGUGAUGACAAAGGAUACAAAGGGUUUUAGAUGAUAUUAAAUAUGUGGUAAGUUUUUUAAAUGAUGUUGAAGUUUUGAAUAAAUAAAGAUAUUUGACAAAUUCUACAUAGGACAGUUGCCAGAUAUAGAGAGCCGAAUAUUUGGAUCUCUCGCGUACAAUUUAUUGUAAAACCAUUGACUAACAUUAUUGGAGAUAUACCGAAGCUAUCCAAAGUUUGAAGACUUAAUAAUUGUUGUUCGUACGAACAUUAAUUAACUAUGGCUUUUGUAUAUAAAUGCGUCGUAUUCUUGUUCUAAACAAGUGAUUGUACGUUGUCGAAGUUGGACAUUUUCCAGUAAGUUUUGGCGUUCAAGCGAUUUAAGAUGUUAUUGUGAUUAGCAUAAGGUCUGCCAAGUUAGAACGUGGUAGCAUUCUAGUUGAUAUUAAGGGCCUGUUUCAUAACCUUGUAAGUUCCCUAUAAAUUUUCUUUCAAAUUCUAUAGUACACAGUGGCUAUUUAGUGAAACAGGCUCUAAAAGUUAGUUUUUGCAUGAUUAUUCUGCUUGCAUCACACAUCAGAUGGGAAUUACUAGUAUAAGCUGAUCUUGAAGUGUGUAGAUUACACUAGCACUGAAAGUUCAAUUUGUAUUAGUUGCUUAAGCAAUCUGAUGCUUGUUUCUUAGUCGUCAUAAAACAUCUUAAGGGCAAGUAGAAAUUAUGCAAUAACAAACGAAUUAAUUAUACUUGAGUUCGACAACUAAAUAGGGUAAAAAAUCUUGUCAUAAAUGUUGUAACAAACAGUGUCCUCGCAAUUUUACAUAGUAAUUAUGUGAAUUCUAAUUAUAAUAAGAAACUGCCAUGUAUUUUUGACAUUACACGAAUAUUUUAUCACAUAAAAGUUGAUUUAAUGGAGGGAUGUAGAAUGCACAUUGUGUAACGUAGCCUUAAGCGCAUAGUUAAGCGGAACUAUGAAAGAAAUGAAUAUAAAGGUUAUUCCUC